AUGGAGAGAGAUCUGGAACGCCUUAUACCCUUAUCGAUCACCGCCGAUAAUAUUGCCAACUGUUCUAAAUCAUCUUCACCGUCAGAUUCGCCCGUCUCCGGCGUCACCGGCGGCGGCAAGGAGGCGUUUACCAAAGUGAUUCGUAGUUGGGCAUGGAAAAAGUUUAUGACAGGAUGUGUGAUCUUACUUCCAAUUGCCAUCACAUUCUACUUAACAUGGUGGUUCGUUCAUUUCGUGGAUGGAUUUUUCUCGCCAAUCUAUAGUCAUUUGGGGAUCAACAUAUUCGGUCUUGGAUUCGUGACCUCAAUAACUUUCAUAUUUAUGGUUGGAGUAUUUAUGUCAUCGUGGGUUGGUGCCUCACUUCUUGCCUUGGGGGAGUGGUUCAUUAAAAAGAUGCCCCUAAUGAGCUACAUAUAUGCCGCCUCCAAGCAAAUUAGCGCCGCGAUUUCUCCAGAUCAAUCUUCUCAUGCCUUCAAGGAAGUGGCUAUCGUGAGGCAUCCUCGAAUAGGGGAGUAUGCAUUUGGUUUUAUAACGUCGACUGUUAUCCUCCGUAAGAGCUCAGGUGCUGAGGAGCUUUGUUGUGUUUAUCUCCCGACCAAUCACCUUUAUCUCGGGGACAUAUUCCUCAUUAAUUCCAAAGAUAUUAUGAGGCCUAAUCUUUCUGUUAGAGAGGGCAUAGAGAUCGUCAUCUCGGGAGGUAUGUCUAUACCAAAGGUUCUGAAUAUCGUGGACACACAAUUCAUACUGUCACCAAGAGUCGGGAAGUUAACAAUACCACAAGUUUAA